AUGUCUGCUCACUGCAUCCCGCAUAGUGAUUCCAAAAUCACUUCGACAUCGUGUUCUUUCAGCACUACACAAAGCUCAUCCAGGCCAAACAAGGAUGAAAAUGCUUGCAAGAAGCUUUGUCUAUUGGCCUACGAAUUUACGGAUUCGAACAUCAGAAAACUCGUCAAGAUCUGCCCAAGAUGUGCAUCCGUGGCAAAGGAUCCGAUCAAGUCUGAACUACAUUCAUGGCCGAAACCGCACUCGCCGUGGACUCGAGUUCAUGCUGAUUUCGCUGGACCAAUGGAAGGACGAUACUAUCUACUCAUCGUGGACGCCUAUUCCAAGUGGCCGGAAAUCGUCCAGAUGUCCUCGAUCUCCUCAACGGUUACCAUCCAAGCAAUGAAGUGCAUCUUUGCCAAGUUCGGAAAUGCAGAGACGCUCGUCACGGACAACGGAACGCAGUUCACGUCGUCUCAGUUCGCUUCUUUCUGCCGUUCCCGAGGAAUCUUGCACAUUCGCACGCCGCCGUUCCAUCCACAAAGCAACGGACAAGCAGAACGUUUUGUGGACACCUUCAAAAGAGGACUUGCCAAGCUGAAGGGGGAGGAACCAACAGUGGACACACUACAGACGUUUCUGAUGGCACAUCGCUCCACUCCCUGCCCGUCUGCACCUAACCAGCGUUCACCUGCCGAAGCCUUCUUGGGACGCCGACUGCGAACGGAACUCGAUCUAAUGUUAUCUUCUAGAGAUCGCACAAACGGUACACGAGAUCUCAAAAUGGAAUCUCAAUUCAAUCGUUAA